GUGUCACUUCGCCUCCUCCACCUCCUCUUUCCUGCUGACUCCUGCUCGCUCCCCUCUUGCCUCCUUGUCUCACUCGUCUCUGGAUGCCAGCAGCUUCUAGUCAUGGAGGAGACAACAGUCACACACCAACCUGAACUGUCGGACAGAGAAGUUUCGGCAUCAGUGAGUCAUGAGGAGGAAGCAGGGGGGCUCACCGAACAAAAUGAAGAAAACUGGAGGUCAAGCAAUGCCUCUGAUAUGAUGGAGCCGGUGCUCACACAGCCGGGCCUCGGUAUCGCCACGACAACCAUCACCACCAUCACUCAAACAGGAGGAGACUGGAGCACUGGCCUGUUGGACGUCUGUGGAGAUAAGACUACAUGUAUUCUGGGAGCACUGGUGCCGUGCUGUUUGGACCUGAGUUUGGCUCACCAGUACGGGGAGUGUUUGUGCAUGCCUCUCCUACCAGGAUCCACUUUUGCCAUGCGGGUUGGGAUCAGGGAACGAUACAAGAUACGGGGGAGUGUGUGCGAGGACUGGACCACGGUGUGUUGCUGUUACUCUCUGGCUGUGUGUCAGAUGAUAAGAGAGAUGAAGCAGAGGAUGAAGCGCCAGACAUACUGUGUGUCUACUACAUUUGAAAGCUCCUAAAUACAUUAUUAACUGAGGUUUUUUUUUUUUUUAAAUAUGUAAUGCAACAAAUG